CCAUUUGCCCUCUCCAGCUUUUGGAGCAGCCUUUUGAUCCGGGCUGGGCAGCAGGACCAGGGCUGGGCUCAUCCUUCCUCCUGCGAGGUUGGCGCUUCUGCGGGCGCUUCCCUGGGCGUGGGGAAGGCUGCGGGCUGUGCCACCCGUGACUGUGCCGUGGGCGAGCGGCCGGGAGGAGCGGAGCCGGGCGGGGAAAGCGCGGAGGAGCCCGCGGAGCGCUAUAAAGAGCCGGGGCAGCGCCGGGGCGCUCCGGCCAUGGCCAACGCGUCGCAGUGUCUGGAGGAGGGCUCGGGGCGCUGGCCGCCGCCGGCCGGGCCGUACAGCGAGGCGCAGCGGCUGGCGCUGGAGGAGCUGGUGGCGGGCGGCCCCGAGGCGCUGCGCGCUUUCCUGCGGCGGGAGCAGCUGGCGCCCUUCCUGUCGGAGCCCGAGGUGCAGGACAUCGCUCGGGCCGCGCUGCCGCCCGCCGCGGGCCCGGAGCCGGCGGCCGAGCCCUCGGCCGGAGCCUCGCUGGACGCCUCGUCGCUCACCUACUUCCCCGAGCGCUCGGACCUGGAGCCGCCCGCGCUGGAGCUGGGCUGGCCGGGCUUCGCCAGCGGCGCCUUCCGCGGGCUGACGCGGGUGGAGGCGCAUUUCCAGCCGGGCUGCGGGGACAGCAUCUACGGCUGCAAGGAGGCGGUGCGGCGCCAGAUCCGCUCCGCCCGACAGAUGAUUGCCCUGGUUAUGGAUUCCUUCACAGACACUGAUAUCUUCAGAGACCUCUUGGAAGCCUGUAGCCAACGGCAGGUUAAAGUGUAUAUCCUUCUAGAUCAGUCUUCACUUUCCCAUUUUCUAAAAAUGUGCAAGGAUCUGGGAGUUGACCUUGAGCAGGAAAAGCUGAUGAGGGUUCGGAUUAUCACGGGGAGCACGUACUGCACCAGGUCAGGCACCAAAAUCAUUGGAAAAGUCCGGGAAAAGUUCAUGCUGAUUGAUGGCAUUAGAGUGACAACAGGCUCCUACAGUUUUACGUGGACAGAUGGGAAGCUGAACAGCAGUAACAUUUUGAUCCUGUCAGGCCCCACAGUUGCACACUUUGACCUGGAAUUUCGGAUUCUUCAUUCACGGUCAAAGCCUAUCAACCUCAAAGAGUUUUCUAGCUGCAAGAAGAACAGGGUGUGGGACCAGCUGUUCAGGAUAACAGUGGCUUCCAGAGACGUGACCAGGGAACACUUCCUGAGAAUGGAAUUUUUGUAUCUGAGAGCAUUUGUAGGAGAUCUGAAGAGGAAGAGGAGCUGGCUGCACGCCUCCAGGGAGGCUGUGUACACCCCAAAUAACACGCUGCACACCUCUCCCCCGCUGACUAAGAGGAAUGGCUCCCUGGUUAUGAGGCCACACUGGAUCAUAGAGAGAUGAACUGCAUGUCCAUGCAGAGCAAGCAGCAGAACCUCAGGAACCACGUCUGUCCAUCCCUGCCCAGCACUGUCCUGCAGUGUGUUUGUGAGGGCAGCUGGGAAAGAAACCUCAGACUGAGAGAAAGUGAAACUGGAAUUGUGGCUUUGUUUGAAGAAUACUGUAAAGCCAGUAUUGACUUCUACUAUUCUGUUAAAUUUUCAUUUCUCAACCUGUUCAUGCAUGUUUUAAGCUGAUGGGUUGGCAGUGUCAUAGCUCAGUAGCUCAACCCUUUUUUUUUUUAAUUGAGAAAUCUAGGUAUUGAAAUUCAUAUUGCUUGAAAGUCUGUUCCAAGAUGAAAGCAGGCUCUGAAAUCAGUCUUGGUCCUAUACAAGCUCUCCACCAACUGGUUCAUGACACAAACCAGAAGUAACCCUAAUUUAGAAACCAGUAGGUCAGUACCACACUACUACUCCUCAAAUGUUACAUUUUCUUCCUACAAAGCUAUGCUGGCAGGCAGAAGGAGCUAAUGUGUCAGCAAACAAGGCUUUAGCAGUGACUGAAUUUCAAAUGGCCUUUACAUUAGACUGGUUGGAUUGCUGGACAUCAUGCAAUAAAUGUGUGCAAGUGAUAAUAUUCUAAAGGACCCACUAUGUUUGUGGGAGAGCCAAAUGAGACCAAUUCCUUGGCAUUACCAGACAGACUUUUUGUUAUCUUUGUGGCUGCUGCUGUCUGAUCUUGUGGGAAAAGCUGAGUAGAUCUGAAAUCUGUGAAGCUGCUGCCUCUUCACAGAAGUCCUAAUUUCAUCAGAAAUGACACAGAAGUCAGUGACAGAACCAUUUUUAACGUCUCUUGGAAGCUCAAUUUUUUAUUAUUAUUUUUUAAUCCAUUCAUUUCUGGAGGGGAAAAAAAGUCACCCUCAAAUGAAUAAGCUAUCCUCCCAAACAGCUGCACAUUGAGACACUGAAGUUCCAGCAGCCUGCCAAUGCUGACACUCAUUAGGCAAAACAAAGGUUUAUCAUUUCUCAAUUAUUCUUGUGGCUCUUCUACUGCAAAAUACUCAGAUAUGUGCUUGUGUGAGUGUCUUGUGGGUUCUGGGUUUUGGAGGGGAAGGUUAAAACUUGGCAGAGGAAUUUCAGCUAAACAGCAGCAAGGUGACAUUAAACUGGACAGAUGGAUCUUGUAAAAAUGUACAUUGCAAAAUUGUACUGAUUAAUAUGCAACUAAUCUGGGCCCUCUUUCUUCUGCACUGACAAUCAUGGAAAUGUAAUCACUCUGGCUCUCCUAAUCUGUAAAUAUUUAAUAGUUUAUAGCUUUGUACUAUUAACUUCCAUCCAGAUGUAAAGAGGUUUGAAAUAUGUAUUUUUAUUCUUAGCUAUAUUUUCCAUAAAGGCAAACCCCAUACAAUGUUGGAUUCUAUACAAAAUACUGUUUGUGCAGUCUUAUUUUCAUAAUAAUUAUCUGUAUAUAUUUUCCCAAGCAUAACUUCUCCACUUUGCUGUUCAUCUCAUUACUUUCAUAGGCAGCUCUUUCCAUGUGGGAUUUUUUCUCAAUGAUUACUAAUAUAUUGAUAAUACAAAA